CCGGAAGUGCACUGUAUAUCUCAGUGGUACUUUCCGGUUUGUAUCCAACUCCUUGACGUGUUUCCUGGAAGUUGCGUUCCGCAAGUGAGCUGACAAGAAGUCGCAUGGUGGAAAAGGCAGAAGUAGACGUAUGUGUGGAUGCGGACUCAUCCUCGCCAGACUUGAAGGAUGACAACAAAGUCAAAUGGAGUCCAGAAGAGGAGGAAAACCUGAAGAUCCUGGUCAAGAAUUUUGGAGAACGCAACUGGAAAACCAUCGCCAGUUUGUUACCAGGAAGGAGUGAAGACCAGUGCAUGCACCGCUGGAAGAACAGUGAGGAUAACCAACCUGUCAAAGGCUGCUGGUCCAAAGAGGAAGAUCAAAAGAUCCUAGAGUUAGCCAGCAGGUUUGGCACCACACGCUGGAAUCUGAUCGCCCAGCAUAUGACUGGUCGUUUGGGGAAACAGUGUCGUGAACGUUGGACCAACCACCUUGACCCCCAGUUGACCAAGGCCAGCUGGAGCCACGAGGAGGACCUCAUCCUUUACAAAAGUCAUUGUGCCCUGGGGAACUGCUGGGCUGACAUCGCCAAGCUGCUUCCUGGAAGGACGGAAGGCACGGUGAAGAAGCGCUGGAACUGUUUUCUGAAAGGGCAAGCUGAGUUGGGUCUGCUGAAAGAUGACAACAUCUGCGUGGAUAUUCAGCACUUUGUAGGACGGGUGGACUCCAAGCCAGAUGCCCCACUAGACACAUUCAGUGGACAAAUGGGCAAGUCUGAGGAGCCUGAAGUCAGGCAGAAGACACUUGAGCAAGGGAAGUUGCCUCCUCUCAAAGCCUCCUGCAUCAGCGCUCCAGCAGAAGAAGAAAAAGAAGCAGUAGACCAGAAAAAGGUCGUUGACGCAGCGUUGAGGAUGAUCGCUGAAGACAUGUUGCCACUCAGUUUUGUGGAAGGCGCAGGGUUCCGCUCCUUCAUGAGCACUAUCAGUCCACAGUACCACAAGCUGUCCCAGCGUGCCGUGGCCUUGCAGCUGUACGACGAGGUGGAGAGGAGCAUCAAACCUCAGCUCAUCCGUGACCUCAAAGCCCGCCUGUCCAAAGCCCAGGACGGUGCCGUCCACGUGACCUGUGACCUGUGGGCGGGGGAGGAGCCGGUGGUGGUGGUGCGGCUCCACUUCAUCAGCGAUUCCUGGCAGAUCCGCCGGCCCACCGUUGCCUUCCGUCACAUCCCGGGCGGCGACGUGGCCCGGGAGCUGGAGGCCGUGCUGCUGAGCUACGGCGUCUUCCCGCGCAGCAUCGGCUACGUCCUGCUCAACAACGCCAAAGAGGCGCUGGCGUCCAACAGCCUGUUCUGCGACUACAAGAUCAUGUGCCCGUCCAACAGGGGCAGGCCGGACAACCACGACAUCCUGGCCUUCCUGUCGGACUGCCCGUCCCAGUCCGAGACGCCGCAGUCAGAGCUCGACUUUGGUACCGGUAUGACCUGCGUGGCUGAGACACUGCAGCAGGUCAUCGGCUGGGCCCUGAAGAACUCCAGGGUGGUGGAGAACCUGCUGUCACACGUCCACAACGUGGUGGCCUUCUUCCGGGCCAGCGACUACUGGACUGAGGUGUUGUCCAGGGAGCACAGUGUGUCUCUGUCCAGCCACUGUCGCUGGGACUCCAUGAUGGUGUCUCUGCGCCGCAUGGUGCAGGAGGCGGCUUGGAACGGCGUGAUGGCCGUGCUGGCGCAGGCUCGCAGCGAGGCCAGCGACACGGCCAGCGCACCCCCCCUGGUCAUGGUGAAGAGGGAGCAGGUGCUGGACAUCCUGGCGCUCCUGGAGCCCUUCCAGAGCGCUCUGAAGGCCUUGUUUGGGAACACGUCCUCCGUCAUCCCUGCGCUGCUGCGCCUGGACAAGACCUUGGAAGGGUGCAGCAGCAACUACGCCCACUUCCACAGGUGUCUGCGUGCUGGCUUGUGUGCUCGCCUCCAGGUGCUGAUGGAGCACCAGGACUUGAUCGUGGCCGCCGUGCUGGACCCCAGGACCAAACUCAAGUCCUUCUGCGAGCAGCUGAAGGAACCCACAGGCUUCCUAACACCGCCAACAAAGUCUGCGGCGCGCUCGCUGGUAGAAGCUGCCUUGAGGACGCAGGCGGACCUCCAGAGAAGUCCGGAGCCGCUCCAGGAAGCAGCGGCCCCCGAGACACCGCAAGCGUCCCCCGCCAGCUGCGACCAGGAUCAGGCGGGUGUCAAGCGCAAGACGCCCGCCGACGUCCUGGGCCAGCCUCCCUCCAAGACGCCCAGGUCAGAACUGGACGUGUACCUGGCAGAACCGCCCUGCUCUAACGGCUCCACUUUGCUGUACUGGAAGUCUGCAGCUCAAUUCCCACAGCUGCAGUGCCUUGCCAAAAGGCUGCUGGCGGUGCCCGCCACCUCGGGAGGCUUCGACCGCCUCUGCCCCUUGGCGGCGUGCAUUGUGCGCGCAAAACGCCACCGCAUGGCGCCUCACACCACCGAGAGACUGCUGCUCUACAAGAACUCCUUCAAGACUCACAGCAGGGGCAAAAAGUAACCACUUUUUUAUUUCUUCUCUCAAUAAACACACUGAUUAUUGUCUGCUGCUUCA